UAAGACCACUUUCUAGGGACCGCCGGUUGGUUUAGUUGAAGAUGGAUUCAGGGUCUUUUCGGGUCAACUAUCUUAUGGAUCAACCCUCCGCAAAGGAACACAUUCAUGAUUCGCCAUUGUAUAAGAUUGGCCGUCGGAUAGAUUUUACCGCUGGAAAAUCUCAGGCAUUGCGGAAUCUACACCUUGAAUCCGACGAGAAGGGGAAUAAGACAGCUUUUGUAUUCGAUGGCGGGACGAACUUAAUCGGCCUUUUGUUUGCAGGGCAUUCGGAAACGGGGGUGGGAUAUUUCACCUCUGCAGCGACCCUGUUUGAGGAUACCGAUGUACGUCUGCCUUUAUCAUAACGACGGGGCAUUUUUUACAUUUCGGAUGAAACUCAGAGCGUAGAUUUCUUUUCUUGCAUUUUUGAUUUCCUUUUUCCUUGACUCUUUUUUUCAAGGCGAUAUCUUUCUUUGACAUUUUUGAGUUAAAUGCAUCAAAACUAUUUAUCUGAAUGAUUAAAGAGUAGAACAGAUUUGUAUGACUGUACUAUGAAUGCGAAUAAUGCUGAGUUUAUCAUGACUAUAAUUCCAUAUUGAACAUUCUGAACUGCUCUUUUAUAUCACUGGCAUCUAUGACAAGCCACAAACCUACCUGCACAAGGAUGGAG